UAUAUAUAAUUACAUAAAAAUUUAUUAACAAUUAUUCUGAAUUUUCCCGAUAAAGCCUAUGUUAGAAGGGUUAAGAGAAUCUGAGCAUUAGCCCGUUUCAGUCUUAUCUUCAGACCUUCACAUUAUUAUCAAUGGCUGAAGCAACCAAAAGGCAUGCAGUUGUUACGGGAGCAAACAAAGGGAUUGGUUUUGAAAUUUGCCGGCAGUUAGCUUCAAUUGGGAUUGUAGUGGUUUUAACAGCCAGAGAUGAGAAGAGAGGCCUUGAAGCUUUUCAAAAACUCAAAGACUCUGGUUUCUCUGAUCUUAUUGUGUUUCAUCAGCUCGAUGUGGCUGAUACUGCCAGUAUUGCUACUCUUGCAAAUUUCAUCAAAACUCAGUUUGGAAAGCUUGAUAUCCUGGUGAACAAUGCUGGUGUUGGUGGAAUUAAAGUUGAUGUUGAUGCUUUAAAAGCUGAAUCUGAUAAGGGCAGUGGAAGUGUCAAUUGGCACAAAAUAUCAACUCAAUCAUAUGAGUUAGCUGAAGAAUGCCUGACAAUAAACUACUAUGGUGCCAAAAGAAUGGUCCAGGCAUUUGUUCCCCUACUCCAAUUGUCUGAUUCCCCAAGGAUAGUUAAUGUCUCAUCUUCCAUGGGGAAGUUGAAGAAUGUAUCAAAUGAAUGGGCUAAAAGUGUACUAGGUGAUGCUGACAACCUUUCUGAAGAGAGAAUUGAUGAGGUGUUGAGCAAGUAUCUAAAAGAUUUUAAAGAGGGUUCUCUCGAAAGCGAAGGUUGGCCUACUUUUAUGUCUGUCUACAUACUCUCAAAAGCAGCUAUGAAUGCCUACACAAGGAUAGUAGCCAAGAAGUUGCCAACUUUUCAUGUCAAUUGUGUCUGCCCUGGCUAUGUCAAAACAGAUAUCAACUUAAAUAGGGGAAUAUUAUCCGUUGAAGAAGGGGCUGAAAGUCCUGUGAGGUUAGCACUGUUGCCUAAUGAUGGGCCUUCAGGUUGCUUCUUCGAUCGGAAAGAGGAGUCACCUUUUUAAUUGGACAUGAUACAUUUCUAGAGACAAGUAUGCGUUGUCAGAGUUUUUGUGCAUUUCACUAGUAUACUUGGACAAUAAUCUCAAUCUGUAUCAUAAAGUCUAGGGAGAACGAGUCUCUAGCUAUUUUUCAGAAUGUGUGUUGAGUAGAAAGCUUAUCUACUGAUCUCUAUCCAUUGUCAUUAAAGGAACUAUUUAUCAA